CCCGGACCACCAGGCCUCACGCCUGCUCCCUCCCGGCUCCAGCACGCACGCGCACGGCGCAUCCCGGACGCGGACGGCGGAGCGGAGUCGCCAGCGAAGCAGCGUCUAGCGACGACCGCGAGCGGUGGCGGCAAGGGCGCACCGCGCACUGGCACUGCGCAGCGGCAGGCCGUAGGUUGCCACUGCAGUCGGGAUCCGGCGACCGGCCGGCGGCAGCGGCAGCCGGUAGGGCCGGGGGCAGGGACGGCCGAGGCCGGGCGUCGGCCGGCAGCCAGCAGCAACGAGCUCCAAAAUCCUAGUCCCGCCACUGAGUCCGUGGACAUGGAUGCCAUGGAGCCGAGCAGCGGUGCCGAUGCCGGCCGCCGCGUGGUGCUAUUCCCGUUACCUUACCAGGGCCACCUAAACCCAAUGCUGCGCCUAGCCGCUGCCCUUCACCGUCGGGGCCUCGCUAUUAUCGUUCUCCAUACCGAUCUUCAGCCGCUGGAUCCGGCCAACCACCCGACGGAGUACCGCUUCGAGUCCUUGUCUGCCGAUGUACCGGCGGAGCUUAUGGCGUCCAAGGACAUCGCGAGAGUUGUCAUGGAUCUGAACGCCAGUUUCGCGGCGCCUUUCAAGGACAGGGUAGCUGCACUUGUUGCCGACAAGGAGAGCGGCGGUGUCGACUGCGUGAUCACCGACGCAGUAUGGUUCUCAGCGCAGGCAGCUGCGCAGGAGCUAGGCGUUCCGUCGCUGGGGCUCUUCACCAACAGCGCGGCAAGCUUCCGGACGUUCAUGGCCUACCCGACGCUAAUUGAGAAGGGCUACCUGCCUGUACAAGAGUCGAAGAAGGACGAUCCGGUGCCGGAGCUGCCUCCGUUCCGUGUGAAAGACCUGGAACGCAUCGACACGAGUAGUCUUUACGACUUCGCCAGCAUGGUCGGCAACGUCGUGGCCAGAGCGCGGCAGGCAUCUGGCCUCAUACUCAACAGCUUCGAUGCCAUCGAGGCCAACAACGUGAAUAAAAUCAGGGAGGAAUUGUCCAUCCCGGUGUUCGCCGUGGGUCCUCUCAAUAAACUCUCGCCGUCAGUCGUCAAGACCAACCUCAUGCCAGGAGGCCGCGAGUGCCUCGACUGGCUGGACACCCAGGCGCCUGGCUCCGUGCUCUAUGUCAGCUUCGGUAGCAUCGCCGCCAUGGACGCUCCCGAUUUCGUUGAGCUCGCCUGGGGUCUUGCAGACAGCAAGCGCCCGUUCGUUUGGGCAGUUCGGCCGAGCCUUGUCCGUAGCCGUAGCUUGGAGUCCGCCAAGCUACAGCUACCGGACGGAUUGGAGGAGGAGAUACAUGGUCGUGGUAAGAUUGUCUACUGGGCACCACAGGAAGAGGUGCUAUCUCAUCCAGCGAUUUGCGCCUUCCUGACGCACAAUGGCUGGAACUCAACCGUGGAGAGCAUAUCCCAAGGCGUGCCCAUGCUAUGCAGGCCGUGUUUUGGGGACCAAUUUGGCACUGCCAGGUAUGUUUGUGACUUCUGGAAGGUGGGAGUGGAGAUUGGGGUGGUGACUCAGCUACGAAGAGGGAAUAUACGAGCUGCUAUUGACAAGCUGAUGGACGACAAGCAAGCGAAAGAGUACAGAGACAGAGCCAAGGACUUGAAAGAGAUGGCUGAAAAAUGUGCUACCAAAGAUGGGUCGUCCCACAGAGCAUUGGUCAGCUUGGUCGAUUUCAUAAUAUCAUUUUAGCAUACUUUCUACCUGCAAGCGCAAUAUUGGUGCCAGCAUACCGAUGUUCGCUGUAUUUUCUUUUACAAUGAUAUUAUAUGCUUCUAGCCGAAUUUGUUUGAAUAAAGUUCAUCCAGUCACAGAACAGUUUAUGUGGA